AUUUCUGCAGAUUGAGCACAUUUGUCAUCCCAUAAAAAGCAUUCUUCCAAUCCACACAUUUGGGGUGGCACAUCCACAGACAACUGCAAGAAUGGGGAAGAUAAUUUUCUAUGAGGAUAGGAACUUCCAAGGUCGUUCCUAUGAGUGCAGCAGUGAUAACCCUGAUCUGCAACCCCAUUUUAAUGCUUGUAACUCUGCUCGAGUGGAGAAUGGCCGCUGGAUGAUUUAUGAGCGACCCAAUUACAUGGGACACCAGUAUGUCCUGAACAGGGGAGAAUAUUCUGAUUAUCAGCAGUGGCAAGGAUUUAAUGAUUCCAUCAAGUCUUGUCGUUUACUCUCACAACACCUAGGAACUGGAACUAAUAAACUCAGAGUAUAUGAAAGAGGUGACUGCAAAGGAGAAAUGAUGGAGUUCCUUGAAGAUUGUCCAAAUGUUUAUGACCGCUUCUGCUCCCAUGAAAUCCACUCUUGUAAUGUUCUAGAUGGUUAUUGGAUAUUCUAUGAGCUCCCCAACUACAAAGGCAAGCAGUAUCUUCUCAGACCUGGUGAAUAUAAAAGGUUCACUGACUGGGGCUCCCAAACUGCAAAAGUCGGGUCUUUCCGUCGUGUCUUGGAUUCUUAUUAAAAAGCGUUUCUUGUAUUCCUGUGCUAAUAAAAGGAUGACAAACAA